AUCUUUGAUUAUAGGCACAGUAUAAGUAUAUACAGUAUGGACACUAAGUUUUUUUAGUAGUACCCAAUUUUCAAUGCGCAUGCGUUAGUUCAUCCUACCAGGAAUAUGGCGGCCUCUAUAAGUGUAUACAUACGACAUAUAAGAUUAUUAGUAAAUAUUUUAUGUACAUAUUUAUUUACACAUACACACAUAUACACAUACCAAUAAUUCUAUAAUAAAACUAACAUAAAAUAACACACAAUAACAAUAAAAUGAUUAGAGGUGGGCACAGUUGUACUAUGCAUAACUGUCCAAAUAUUUCGGGACGAGUACCUGGGUUAAGCUUUUUUCGUUUCCCGAAAGAUGAAGAAAGAUGUAAGUUAUGGUUAAAAAAUUGCGGACGUACAAUUGAAGUUCCAACAGAGAAUUUAUAUAAAACAUACCGAGUUUGUGGAAAUCAUUUUGAUUCUACGAUGUUCUUAAAUGAUUUGAAGAAUCGCCUUCAAUCACACGCAGUUCCAAAACUUGCAAUAAAUUUAAACAUAGAAAACGAAAAUAUGGUACUCAAGUACAUAACUCUUGAAACUCAAGUACAUAACUCUUCAUUAAUUUCUGAUACUCAGUUAUAUUCUCCAUGUAAUGUUACAGAUCAGGAUGUAAACAUUAUUAUAGAUCAAGACGAUCAAGACAAUCGAAGAAAUCAAGAAGUACAAACUGAACAAUCAUCUAUUAGACAAGAGAAGAAAAUAAAAACAGAUCGCAUAUUAUCUAUUCAUUCACCGCGAAAAACGAAAUUGAAAAAGAAAAUCCAUUUAUUACAAAGAAAAUUACGAAAAGUUAAGGAACAAUUAAAACAAAGAAAGCAAGUUAUACAAAGAACAGUAAGAAGUUCUCUCUGCCAGAAUAUUGUGAUGCAACAGAUCAAUUACUACCACCGUCUAUUGCGACUUUUGUGAAAGCUCAAGUCUAUCUAACUCAAAAACCGUCAAAGGGUAGGAAAUAUUCUUUUAAAUUUAAAAAAAUGUGCUUAAAUUUAUAUCUUAGUGGACGCAAAACCUAUGAAACUCUUUCGCAACAGUUUUACUUGCCUAGCAUAAGAACUUUGCAACGCAUGAUUGAAAACAUAAAAAUUUUUCCUGGAUUACAAAAUAAUGUAUUUGACAUUUUAAAGGCUAAAGUAUCUAAUUUUGAAACUAAUCUUGAUAAAUAUUGUAUAUUGUGCAUGGAUGAAGCGUCAUUAAAGUCACAUUUAUUUUAUAAUAUUAAUCAAGAUACGGUAUAUGGUUUUGAAGAUUUGGGUGAAGGAAAAUCAACCAGCAUGUAAUGUUGCGGUUUUGAUGCUUAGAGGUAUGUGCGUGAACUGGAAGCAACCUAUAGGUUAUUUUUUUCUAAAUUCCACGUUUCCUACUACUAGAUUAAAAGACAUUAUAACGCAGAGUAUAACAAAAUUGCAAGAACUUGGUUUUAUAGUUAUGGCAUUUGUAACUGAUAUGGGACAAAAUUUUAUGAAUGCAGCACAAGCAUUAAAUGUUACAAUAGAAUCACCAUUUUUUGUUGUUAAUAAUCAGCAAAUAGCUUUUUUGUUGACCCACCACACAUUGUAAAAGCCAUUCGAAAUAAUUUUAUGAAAAAUAAUAUUAAAGAUAAUGGAAAAUUAAUUUCAUGGGAGUACAUAAGAAAAAUGUAUGAUAUAGAUAAAAAUAAAGAAAAUAGAUUAGCACCCAAAAUAACAGAUUCACAUAUUAAUCCCACUAAUUUCGAAAGAAUGAAAGUUCGUUAUGCAACACAGAUUUUAAGUGCUACAGUAGCUGCUGCUUUAAAUAAAUUAGUAAUUUCCGGUAGUAUUUCAUCUGAGGCCCUUGUUACAUGUAAUUUUGUUCAAAAUAUGAAUGAUUUAUUUGACAUAUUUAAUUCAUCUACAGUUUUUCAUGCGGUAAAAUAUAAACAAGCUUUUAGUGGUAAUGAUUAUCAAAUGGAAUUUUUGUCAAAAAUGAAAAAAUAUUUAAGUGAUUUAACAGUAUUUACACAACAGGGAUUUGAUAUUUCUAAGAAAGUCAGAGUAAUCAAGUAUUGCUAUCAGAAUAUAAAUUCCCUUUUAAAAAUGUGGGAUUAUUUGCAUGCUACUGCUACGGAAAUAAAAUUUUUAUUCAUGCGUCGUUUUAAUCAGGACUCAUUAGAAAACUUCUUUGGAAAAAUUAGAAAUAUGAAUGGAAAUGCUUUUAACCCGACACCCAUUCAGUUUUAUUAUUCUUUUCAAAAACUUUUUUCCGUAAACUAUUGUGCGCUAAGAACAGGGAAUUGUCAAAAAGAUAAUGAUGAAAUGUUAACGGCUGUAAUAAACUUUGCAGCGCAAUGUAAAAAUAUUACUGAAAAUGAAGUAGACGAUGAUCAACCUGUACCUGUACUUUUAGAUAAAUGUGAUUAUCGCCAAAUAGAUAUUAAUGAACAAGAUGCGUUUCGAUAUAUUUGUGGAUACCUAAUUAAAAAAUGUUUAGAAAAACA